UACCAGUAUCGUGUCAUCUAUCCAUGUUUUUCGAGCAAGUUUCAAAACAGACUUUUAACCUUAAAGUGAGAAAAAAUGGCAAAUAGAACUGUGAAAGAUGCGAAAUCGAUUCGAGGUACGAAUCCUCAGUAUUUAGUGGAGAAAAUCAUUAGAUCUCGGGUGUACGAUUCAAAAUAUUGGAAGGAAGAAUGUUUCGCCUUAACUGCAGAACUUUUAGUAGACAAAGCUAUGGAAUUGAGGUUUAUAGGUGGUGUAUUUGGUGGAAAUGUGAAACCAACGCCAUUCCUUUGUCUCAUACUGAAAAUGUUACAAAUCCAACCAGAGAAAGACAUUAUAGUAGAAUUUAUAAAAAAUGAAGAGUUCAAAUAUGUUCGUGCGCUAGGAGCAUUAUAUAUGAGAUUAACAGGCUCAUCCCUGGAUUGUUAUAAAUACUUGGAACCAUUAUUUAAUGACAACAGAAAGCUAAGGAAACAGAAUAAGCAAGGUAAAUUUGAAUUGAUUCAUAUGGAUGAAUUCAUAGACGAACUAUUAAGAGAAGAGAGGUCUUGUGAUGUUAUUUUACCGAGGAUACAGAAGAGGCAUGUUUUAGAAGAAAAUAAUGAAUUAGAAGCGAAAGUGUCAGCACUAGAGGAUGAUAUGGAUGAAGGUAUAGAAACCUCAGAGGACGAAGAUAUUCCACCUAUCAAAGAAGACACACGAAAGAGAACAGAUGAUCACGACAGAGAAAGAGACAGACAUAGAGACAGGGACAAGAGACAUUCACGAUCAGACAAAAAAUCUGACAGAGAAAAACAGCGAUCACGAAGCAGAGAUAGAGACAGAGACAGACGUGAACGGAAGCGAAGUAAAUCACCGAAAAGUCAUUCCUCGUCACAUAAGGAUAAAGAUAGAGAUAAAGAUCGACAUAGAAGAGACGACAGGGACAGAGACAGAGACAGAGAUCGGGAUCGAAGACGGGACCGCGACAGAGCUAGACACUAAUUCU